GAAUGAUUGUGAUUGGCCGGGCGAUGUUGCCUGAGAAAAGAAGCCAUUUGCGCCAUUUGUUAUCAUUCGACUUUUUUCGCGAUUGGAUGUCGAUAUUCGUAAAAAUACGUAUUUUCAGUGGGAAAAAAUUAACGAUCAAAGAUGUUCUUUUUUGGAUAGGAUUCGCUAGAAAUAAUUUCUUUAGACCUUUGUUCCAAUUUGAAUGUCUCUUUGUAAAUGAUGCAUUUAAAUUUUGUAGCAUUUCAGAGAGUACAACACGAAAGGGUUUCUCGUUGGGAACAUUGAUUUUUCAUUUGGGAGAUAAGUAAUUUAUUGAAGGUAUUUGAAAAGAUCAUCGACUGAUCGACGGAUUUUACUGUAAAGCUGAACAACCACCUUGUUGAUAUUGACAACAAAUGAUUUGAAUACAUCCAAUCAAAGAAUAUAGAACAGAAUCAAUAUAUGCAAAGGAAAUAACAGCUUGAAGUAUCAAGAUCAUAUAUGUUUUAAAAUCAUUCAAACGAUAACAAAAUAUAUAGAGUAGGAACAAAGUCAUGUCACCAACAAUCAAGCAUAUUCACCACCAUGAGAAUCAUACUAUUCAGCUCAACUCAUAUGAAAACCAAAAAACAUACAUUGAAGACACUGUGAGUGUUCAAAGCAAGUCCAAUCUAUUUUUAAAGCAAGCAACACUGCUUGGACUAUGGUAUAUGUUUAGCUUUUUCACAAUUGUUUUGAAUAAGUAUAUACUGACAAUGCUUGGAGGAGACCCAAGUCAUCUUGGAAGAACCCAAAUGCUAAUGCCUGUGAUAUUUGGUGGAAUUACAAUAUAUGGGUUGCCUUGUUUUGCAAGGAGAACUGGCAUUGUGGGAAAGAAAUUAGUCUUUCUUAGGAACAUGUCAAUUCUAGGUGUACUGAGGUUUGGAACUGUGGUUUGCUCGCUGAUAAGCCUCAAACAUGUUGCAGCAUCGUUUACAGAAACAGUGAAGGCUUCUGCUCCAUUAUUCACAGUAAUUCUUUCAUUUAUGAUCCUCAGGGAAAAAGUUGGUCUUCUAGUUAUGUUUUCUCUUAUCCCAGUCAUGGCUGGUCUAUCGCUGUGUUCAGCCAAUGAAAUUAGUUUUAAUACAAUCGGCUUUGUUGCUGCUAUAUUAAACAACAUAAUGGACUGCAUUCAAAAUGUUUUUUCCAAGAAGCUUCUUUCCGGUGAAGCAUCAUACAGCCCACCAGAACUCCAGUUCUACACUGGAGCCGCAGCGCUGCUAAUGCAGAUACCGUAUUGGGUUUACACAACUGAUUUCCAAAAAAGCUUUGAGAAACCAGAUUAUUUCUAUGUUGGAAUUUUAAUGUUGGAUAGUUUUUCAUUUUAUCUUCAAAGUGUCACGGCGUACGGUUUAAUGGCGCUAAUAUCUCCCAUAACAUUCAGUGUCGCAAACACAGUGAAACGAACCUUGCUUAUCUGGUUGUCCGUUGUGGUGUUCGCGAACCACGUGACGUGGCUCAGUGGACUGGGAACAAUGAUAGUGACCCUGGGCGUUGUACUCUAUCAAAAAGCCAAACAAAUCGAGGCAAGGGAUAGAGAACAGCAAUCUAAUAACAGUAAUGUGGAUCAUCCCCACAGAUAGCAUCUAAACUGCAAUAAUAAUGUAGUAAUAAAUAGUGUGAGAGAUGCACGGUUCUACUGAGGACAGUAAGGGUUGUUCUGUGAUCAAUGAUUAUCACCCAUUCACCAUGUGUGAAGCAGGCUCGUAGCUAGAAGCUUAAUUGACGUGUAGAUUCAUAUAUUCGUCUCAUACCCGACUGAUUUAUUUUGUACGCUAUUGUUCCAACGGUAUACAACUGACAUGAAUAUAUGAAUAUACACCCCAGCCCUAAUUAAGCGAUGCGGAGUUGUUUAUUGCCCAUAGUGUGCAGUUGUUUAUUGCGCACGUAACUAUUGGGAAACAACUGAAUAAAUGUUUGAAUUGAAGUUUGGACCUCGGAGUGAGUUUAAUAUUUUUGUAGGAUAUAUGAACACCCAAUAUAAUAAUAUGAAUAAAAAAAGUUUGGCCAUUCGUGUUGGA